GACAUUUAUAACGAUGUGAGGGCUCUGUGUAUAGAUCACGGCCCGGCUUUCCAACGGCUCAGUUGUAUCGGAACCGACGACUUUAUACUAUCGUACGGUCGGUGCGAAUGGACGGGCAAUCCUGUGACUUAUUUGGACGGCUUAUUGUUGGCGACAAUGAUUCAGAAGCCGUUCCGCAAGACAUCUGUGCCCGUUAUGAUCCGUAGACUGUGUGUCGACCCCCGCCUACUCUUUGACAGCAUUAAGACUAACUUUUGCUUAGCCCAUAACAACACCGCAUUUUAUAUCACAUUAGAGAAAGACGUUGACUUAGAGAAACAAUUGAAUGAUCGCUACGCUGUGUAUUCCGCAGAAAUGCCCUUUCGGUACAACAGUCUUACCCGACAACUGGUGUCGCCCGGCAUUGAAAUCGAUGAUCUGGUCGUUCAUCCCAUCGCCCGCAGGCCCGACACUAAUCUUACACUAGAGUCCUAUGAGUUCUGUCCUAACAAUGAUAUGGAGGCCAUCGAUGACAAUAUGCGCGCAGAACUGUUGCAAUAUAUUAAGAAACAAUUGAAUGAUCGCUACGCUGUGUAUUCCGCAGAAAUGCCCUUUCGGUACAACAGUCUUACCCGACAACUGGUGUCGCCCGGCAUUGAAAUCGAUGAUCUGGUCGUUCAUCCCAUCGCCCGCAGGCCCGACACUAAUCUUACACUAGAGUCCUAUGAGUUCUGUCCUAACAAUGAUAUGGAGGCCAUCGAUGACAGCGGGGAAUACGCCGGGUGUCGGGCGGAUACCGGGCAACGGGUUAUGGGUAUUGAGUUCGGCCGCUGUAUCGCCACUCACGUUAACGCCUGUGUCCUCAAUAUGGCUCCGAUACCCGAUCACUGGUCAAUGGCUGAGGCGGUGACUGUACUUAACAGCUAUUCGACAGUAUAUUAUGCACUCAUUAAAAAGGCUAAUAUUAGAAAAGGCGAAAGUGUAUUAAUACAUUCCGAAGCGGGAAGUGUGAGUCAGGCGGCCAUUAAUGUGUGCGAACACUACGGAUGCGAUAUCUAUGUGACGGUUGGGACGGAAGAGGAAAAACAGUUUCUCAUCAAAGAGUAUAAUAUUCCGGAGAAUCGGAUCUUUAGGUCAAGAGAUAUGCGAUUCAAGAGUGAG